GGUUAGAAGCAGCACCCCGCCCGCCUGCCUUCGCUUGAACGAUGACAUUCUCUCGGUUAUGGAACUAAACGGAUAGCAUGAACUGGUUUGUUGCCCUUGUCAUUUCUGCAGUUCAAAAACAUUACUGGGAAAAUAAUAGCAUCAAUCAUGAGUGAUUAAGAUAAUGGAUUUCUUGGAGUUUAUUGCACUGUACACACAUCAGAAAACUAAGAAGAAGAAAAUAUGGAAAGAUGGAGUCUUAAAGAUAGACACAAACCAAAAUAAGGCAACACUCAUUGAUGACCAUGGACAGGUACUGGAUGCCUUGUAUCUCAAAGGUCGAAAGGUUAAUGUAGGUGAUGACUUAGAAAGUGACAGAUAUUUAAUCACGGUGGAAGAGGCAAAAGCCACUGGUAACCAAGUUCCUUGUCCAAGUCUUAAAGCAUCUCGGCAAAAUGGCAGUCACUUGAACCCCCCACUAUCUGCCAGGCAAUAUUUACCAGUUGGGUUAAAAAGAAAGCAUUCAGGAUACCGAGUACCACAACAGAUUCAGAAGAAAGCAACCACAGAAGAAAAUAAACUAUCAAGUGCUCAGUUACACCAAUGCAUCUCAAACAGCAGUCACUCCCCAAAAUUGUAUAACCAAUCUCUUCUGUUUGCCACUAUUACCAAUAAACAAACCACCACAAUAACCCGUGGUGUGGAUCAAACCAUAGGCACCCAUUUGGAUGUUCCUUUAACAGACCAAAUUGUUCAAGCGUCUUCUUCAUCCGCAUCCUCUGAUUUGCCAACACCCACUUCUUGUGUAGAACCUUCUUUUCACCCUGGAUCACAGGAGAGCACUGAAUAUGUGACAGACAAGGAGCAGAAUUUAAAACUUCCUCAGGAUCUUCCUACCUUUGGUCACUUUAAUUCUGUCAGUAGUGCAUCCAAAAACAUAAGAAACACAGCGGAAAUUUUAGCAUUACUUGGAUCUGAUAAAUCCCAAAAGGAUGCUUUACCAAAAUGUGAUACAACUUCAGUCAUUAAGUCUUUUAAAGCAAACCCUUUUAUAGACCAAAAGAGCAGCCACCUUUUUCAAAACUCAAAAAGUGUUCAACCAAAAGAAUUGUCCUUCAGUUUAUCACAUUCUUCAAGUGCAAUUUCUCCUAAAGAUAACUUGAGUAAUAAUAUCUCCUUCGAUUACAGUGUACAACGUGAAGCGGAUAUGCAGUUAGAUUGUAAAAGUAUAAAGAAUGAUGAUUUGCUGUGUGCACAGGAUCCUUUAAGCACUGCUUGUAAACUGAACAGUAUUUAUCAACGCAAGUUAAGCCAGGCAAAAAGGAGUAAAUGGGAAGCAUUUUUGCCAGAGAAGAAAAUGGAGGCUGUUGAGUGUAAUGAUUCUUUAGUAAACUUGGAUGACUCCACAGUCUCACAUUCUCACACACCUAAUGUCCCUUUCACGUCAGUGAUGAGUAGCCAGGGUGACUGUGACUUUCCAAGUGUAAAUUUCAGUUUGCUAGAAGACUUUAGCCUGGAUGAAAUGGAAAGCACGUCUGCAGUAAGUAGUGAUCUCAAAUCUGAAGAAGAUCUGUCAAACCCUACCGAUAAAUGUGCACUUCAUGGCAUCACUGGUACAUCUGAACAGCACAAUCUGGAAGGCAUGGAUAACCUGACUCUGCCCUGUGCUGAUGUUCAUCUGGCAGGGAAAGAUAUAAGUGCACAGUUGUCUUCAGAGAGACGGGUGAACAAUCAGAGUACUGGUAACUCAGACCAGACAUUUCAAACAUCUGCCAUGGACCAAGAAUUAAUGGUAAAUGAAUUGACUUUCGCACAUAUUAAGACAUCGAAGUAUGGGUUAAAGCAAGCACUUUGUGGUUCUCCCGCUUACUCUGGUAGUCAACAAUUAGGUGAUUAUAAACUUUCAGAGACCCCUUAUGAGGAGAAGUCACAUUUAGAAUUUGGAAAAUGUCUGAUAAACUAUGAGGUGGUGAAGGAAAAUUCACCCAGAUUGCCACUUCAGGAAAGAUCACAGUGUGAGAAGCUUGAGCAAAACCUUGAAAGAGCAGUUGGCAGAAAAUGUAACAUGCAGAAUUCUGAAGACCCAGUUAACGAAACUGUAAAUCAGAUAACGGUCACCCAAGCCCAAGGUGAAAACACACCUGACUUAAAGACAGAUGACAAUUUUCAUAGUUUCCCUGAAGUAAAUCAGGAUAAGAACAGUGGCUUGAAGGUGCCAGUCAUAGCCCAGGGGUUUUCCACGGCCUCUGAAUAUAAUUUGUCAGGCAGCACAGGAAGAGAAUGCUGUGGGAAUGAAUCGGCACAACUACCAUUUGAAAAUGAGGAGCAUCUUUUACUAUUAAAAAAGCUUUCUCAACAUAGCAGUGCCCUGGAGAGCCUGGAGGAAAUGACGUCUUCUUGUGGCCAGCUUGAUAGUUGGACCCGCAGUAGUGUCAUGGACAAGACAGGGGUUACAACGGAAGCCAUAGAUUUGAAAACUGCACACAUUUGUAAGGAGACCAUCCAUGAGUUCCCUGCCUCCCAAACAAGUUUUAAGAUGAGUGAUACUUUAGAAGAACCCGUCAAUUCUGCCUCAGCUCCUUUCCAGUGGUUGUCGCCUACUUCAGAUGCUGACGUGGAUUUUGAAAGCAGCCAGUGGUCAUUCUGGGAACCAAAACAUCCAUUGGCAACGUCACCAGCACAACAGGUGCCUUUACAGUCAGCAUUUUUAUUAAGAAGCUAUAACAAAGAUGGAGAAUCUGCCUCAGAUUUGGGAGCGACCAGGGAAACUGCAUUUGGUCACACCUCCUCAGUGAGAGUUCCAGCCUUCACCCCACAGACGGCAUGUAAUCAUCCUGAAGUACCUCCAGACACUAAGUCCUUUUCAGAUGCAAAUAAGUGCAACGAGGUUGAACAGUGCUUGGCAGUUUCCUCCUUGAACUGUUUCCACAAGCACUCACCUAGCCUUUCUUUCUGCAGAGUCAGGCCUGGGGACAUAAAGGGUGAAAGAGCCUUGUGCAAAGAGGGCACUGAAGCAGGCACACAGGAACCUAGACUGUCAACAAUACAGCAUGUGACUUCCCAAGAAAGACAAAGUAAAUGGCUGAAGUAUCAAAACACUUCCACCUCUGAUAGAAUAGCUCGAAAUAGCGGUGAAUGGAGUGGAACGACACAGGAUGAGAAGAGUGGGAGAAAGGAGGCUGUGAUGCAGAAAGAUGUUCCUGAAGACCCUCUCAAUAUCCAUCUGAUAAAAGAAACACUGGUUAAACAGUACCAACCUGUUUGCGAACAAGGUAUAAUGGCAGGGAAGUGGGUGCAUUCUUUGAAUUCAGGCAGAGCUCAUCCCGGCUACAAUCACUGGAGCAAACGCAGUGCUUCUAGUCUCUCGGGAGCUUCAUCAACUUUGCAGAAAACCGUUUUAGAAGACCUGGCAUUUCCCAGUGGGGCUAUGGUGUCUGAUGUUGAUCUUCCCAAGAGGCAGAUUCAUAUUCCUACCAGUUUCCAGUCUUGCACGCAUUAUAAACAUGUAUUUGCUGCAGCACUGACAGAGCAUCUAAAUAUCCUGCUGUUUGAUCUAGCUCAGAAGCUUCACAAAGCUUUGUCAAAAGUAGACAUAUCUCCCUAUACAGCAGAGAAAACAUCUGAUAGUAACAAGAAGGGCCCUGUUGUUCCAUUGUGUCAUCAUAAAGAACCAGCCCAGUUGGCCAUUGUGAAGAAAUGUGGUCAGAACCAGGGUAGAUUUUAUUAUACCUGCAAUGCUUCAAAUCUGGAGAAAUGUAAUUUUUUUAAAUGGCUUGAUGAUGUGAACGCAUUCAGUAUGCAAGAAUGUAAUGCUUCUUCAGCAAAAAUGGUUAUGUCAGAUGUGCCCAGUAUAUCCACCUAUAUCAGAAGCCAACACAUCCCUUUGUACAGUCAGUGCCAUCUGCUUAUCAGAAAAUCCUUUGAUUUUCAAAGAAAGAGGUUUCAUAUGGGCAAAUCAAAUUAUAAUAAUGAAUCUCUGGAGGAUGCCAAACCCAAACUGUAUCUUAAGUUAAGCAGAAAGGAGAGCUCUUCAAGCUACAGCAAAGAUGAUCUGUGGGUGGUAUCGAAAACCCUUCUCUUUGAUCCCCAUGACACCUUCAUAGCCUGUAGUGCAUUCUUUGGACCUUCUUCAACAAAUGAACUAGAAAUUGUGCCUAUCAAAGGAUAUCAUCCUUCAAAUUGGCUUUCAGAUGCAAUUGUGCAUGCAUUGCUUGUCUGUAAUGCCAGCACUGAGCUAACGACACUGAGAAACCUUCAAGAAAACUUUCUGCCUGCUUCAAUGCCACUUCUGCCUUAUUUGCUGAAAAUGCCAGACCCCAUCACCCAGAUUGACAUACCUAACCAGAAGAAGAGGGGAGGAUUCAUCCCCCCAGCUGCUAGAAUGUUGCGGGAACCUAAGCUUCAAUACACAGGCAGAACAGUAGAAAUGGCCUCACAAAUGAUCGACUUCUACCAUCUAAAUGGAGACCAAGCAGCUGCCCUUUUUAGAGUUGCAAAGAUGAUGGGAAGCAAUGAAAAAUCGGAGAGUGCUAGUAUCCAAGAUCAGCUGCCGAUAACAAUUAUACAUGGUGUCUUUGGUGCUGGAAAGAGUUUUUUACUGGCUGUUAUUGUAUUGUUUCUUGUUCACCUUUUUGCUGAAACUGAACAAGCUGGUUGUCCAAACUCAACACGAUGGAAGCUAUUGAUCUCCUCCUCUACCAAUGUAUCCGUGGACAGGGUCCUCCUCAGUCUUUUAGAUCUUGGAUUUGAUAAGUUCAUCAGAGUUGGAAGUGUAAGAAAAAUUGCCAAGCGUGUUCUCCCACACAGCCUGCAUGCUGGAAGUGAAAGUGAGCAACUGAGAGAACUGCAGUCACUCUUGAAAAUGAACCUGAGCUCCGUGGAGAAGAUUUAUGUCCGAAAGAGCAUUGAGCAGCACAAGCUGGGCCGAAACAAGGCUCUGCUGAGGGAGGUGCAAGUAGUAGGAGCCACUUGUGCUGCUUGUCCAUUCCCUUGUAUGAAUAACCUUCUCUUCCCUGUUGUCCUGCUGGAUGAAUGCAGUCAGAUUACAGAACCUGCUUCUAUGCUGCCAAUUGCAAGGUUUGGAUGUGAAAAACUGGUUCUUGUGGGUGAUCCAAAGCAGCUUCCUCCCACUAUCCAGGGCUCCGAAGCCACCCAUUCAUUUGGCAUCGAACAGACCCUCUUUGAUCGGAUGUGUUUGAUGGGUCAUGAACCCGUUCUGCUAAGAAGUCAGUACCGCUGCCAUCCUGCUAUCAGCAAGCUAGCCAAUGAGCUUUUCUAUUCUGGAGCCCUCGUUGAUGGCAUUGCAGAGUCGGACCGAAGACCCCUGGUUGAUUGGCUUCCCACUCUGUGUUUUUGCAGUGUCGCUGGUACAGAGCAGAUAGAAAAAGACGGAAGUUUUCAUAACAUUAAAGAAGCCCUGUUUACACUUAAACUUAUUCAGACUCUGAUUGCUGCUGGAAUCGAGGGGACUCUGAUUGGAGUGAUUACACUGUAUAAGUCGCAAAUGAAUAAGAUUUGUAGCCUAAUAUACAGUAAUACAUGCUGCAACCACAGAGAGGUGAAACUCGUCCAGGUCUCCACAGUGGAUGCUUUUCAGGGAGCAGAGAAGGAAAUCAUCAUUUUGUCUUCUGUCAGAACACGCCAUGUUGGUUUUACAGACUCUGAGAGGAGAAUGAAUGUAGCAUUGACGAGAGGAAAGAGACACCUCCUCAUUUUGGGCAACUUGGCCUGCCUGCAGAAAAAUGUCCUUUGGAGAAGGGUUAUCAGUCACUGCCAAGGACAGGAAAAUGGCUUAAAGCAUGCUCAGCAGUUUGAAGGCCAGCUUGAAAGCAUCCUGCAAGAAUGCAAUAACAAGAGGAAUGAACAAAAUGCAAAAUUAAAAGAUAGAAAUGUUUCCCAAUCCAAAGUGAUCAAUCGGAUGGAAAAUGAGGUAGAGGUCAGCAAUCUAUCAGUGGACCACCAAAGCUGCCAGACAGAAUAUGUCAAAAGUUUUUUCUCAGAUGCUGCUGAUGAUAAUGAACUGAAUGAGGAGACGAGCAACUGGGAACUCGGCAGUCGUCAGGGUGAGUGGGGCGUGACCUGUGAUGAUGACCUUUGGGACUCCAAGGAUGACUUUUAGGUUCUCUUCUUAUAAAUAUUUUUAGUCCAUAAACACACUGAAAUUCAUUAAAUGUCCUGUAAAAAUCUCCACUGCACAGAUUUCUGUCUUACGGUUUUGUUUAUUUCAUGUAUUUAUUGUACAUAGUGACAGAGUCAUGUAAAUAAACACUGUUGGUUCA